UUUGUUGCAGGUAUACCAGGCUCUCGUUAUUUCGAAAGGGUGUACGCUAGGAACGGAGAAACGAUCUGGAUUGAAGGACUGCAUGCUGCCGCCUUCUUUAUUUCUCUAACUAGUGACGAUGCAGCACAACACGGGAUCACCGCAGCAGUUCUGCCUGCGUUGGAAUAACUACCAGAGCAAUCUGACGAACGUCUUCGACCAACUGCUCCAGAGUGAGUCCUUCGUCGAUGUUACCCUGGCCUGUGACGGACAUUCGGUCAAGGCUCACAAAAUGGUACUAUCGGCGUGCAGCCCCUACUUUCAGUCAUUGUUCUUCGAUAAUCCCUGCCAGCACCCUAUCGUUAUAAUGAGAGAUAUUAAAUGGCCCGAACUCAAAGCCGCCGUCGAAUUUAUGUAUAAGGGUGAGAUAAAUGUGUCCCAAGAACAAAUCGGUCCCCUAUUAAGGGUGGCGGAGUCACUUAAAAUACGUGGUUUGGCCGACGUUAACGGCGAACAAGACAUCGUUAGUCCAACCGCUGGCGAACUCACCACGAAAACCCUCGCAAAAGCCGUAAACAUCACCGAUUGGGAGAAUCGUCAGGACGGUGAGAUACAACCACGUGCGAAAAAGCGAAGGCGCCCCUCGGGCGAACGUAGCAGCCUGAGUAGUCCCGCCGAAAGUGGCAAUACCGACAUGCCCGAACCGCCACCAUCCGUCGAAAUGUCACCUGCACCACCGCCGACACCUCUUGCAACACCUGGAGCCGCCGAACCGUUACCACUUACCUUGCCGCUACCACCGCAACCGCAAAUUUCACAAUCGCAUCCCUCCGACGAUAUGGAAAUCAAACCAGGCAUCGCCGAAAUGAUACGCGAGGAGGAGCGGUUAAUUCAGCAUAUUCAGCUGAUCCAACAGGUUCAUAAAGUGGUCCAAGAGAUUUUCCACCGGGUUCAACAGCCAUGUGAACUGGUACGGGUUGUAAAAUAUGUUGGACUGCUUCACGAACCUGUUGGACCAAUUGAAAAUGCUGUUGAACCUCUUUACGAACCUGAAAGGGAGGGCGUGCUCGGCUCUGACUGA